AUCCAAUGCUCUAAUAUUUUUGCUGCAAACAAACCACACGUACUUUAAACUAUGAGUAAUAAUAGCAUAUCCUCUUCUGUUUAUUCUGUUAUGCUCCUAGCAAUAUUAAGCAUGGCAGCUAGUAUUAGCAUAUUCUCGGUUCCAUCAUCCGCAAAAUUAUCAUCAUCAUCGUCCUUUUCAUCUUUGGCAGAGGCGCAAGCUCUGCUCAAUAGUGGUUGGUGGGGGAACUUUUCUUCAACAAAUCAUUGCGACUUGGAGGGCAUCGAAUGCAAUGGCGCAGGAAGUGUCAUUCGGAUGGAAGCUCUUAAUUUGUAUUAUAAAAAUCUUGCAAACAUGAGUUGGUCUUCCUUGCCAAAUCUUGAAUAUCUUUGUCUCAGUUACUCAGGCUUAAUUGGGGGAAUUCCAGGUGAAAUCGGUACUCUCUCCAAGCUCACCCACCUUGACCUUUCUUUCAACCCCGGUCUUCAAGGUGUUCUACCCCCUACCCUGGGAAAUCUCACCCAAUUAGUCAACCUCAACUUAGCAGCGGCGAAUUUUGAAGGUCCAAUCCCUUCAUCAAUUGGAAAUUUGAGAACGUUGAUCCAGUUGGAUCUCAGUUCGAAUAAUCUCAUUGGUUCCAUCCCUCCAGAAAUAGGGAACCUAGAGAAUUUGUUCGAGCUGAAUUUGUGUUGCAACAGCCUUCGAGGUCCAAUCCCUUCAUCUAUUGGAAAUUCGAGAACCUUGAUCCAUUUGAAUUUCAAGUCAAAUAAUCUCACCGGCUCCAUCCCUCCUGAAAUAGGAAACCUAAAGAAUUUGUCCAAGCUGGAUUUGAGUUCCAACAACCUUCGAGGUCCAAUCCCUUCAUCGAUUGGAAAUUUGAGAACCUUGAUCUAUAUGGAUCUCAAUUCAAAUAAUCUCAACGGCUCCGUCCCUCCUGAAAUAGGGAACCUAAAGAAUUUGGUCGAGAUGAAUUUGGGUUUAAAUUACCUUCAAGGUACAACCCCUUCAUCUAUUUAUUAUUUGUCUCGUCUGAGGAGGUUGUAUCUCCAUUCAAAUCAACUCAAUGGUUCCAUCCCUCAUGAAAUAGGUAACCUAGAGAAUUUGGUUGAGUUGGAUUUGCAUGCCAACAACCUUCGUGGUCCAAUCCCUUCAUCGAUUGGAAAUUUGCGUGCUCUUACCUAUUUAUCUCUUCAUUCAAAUCAACUCAGUGGUCCAAUACCGGAGUCCAUUAGUAAUUUAUUUUCUCUCAUAGAACUCCAAUUGGGCAGUAAUCUACUUGAAGGGGAAAUACCAGAAACUCUCGGACGAUUGAAACAAUUGAAAGUGCUGGAUCUAUCCAACAACAGACUUACGGGGAUCAUUCCAGACUCUCUCGUUGGUAUGGGAAGCUUGUACAAGCUGGUGCUUUCCAAUAACCUGCUUUCUGGAUCGAUUCCCCGUCUCCCUCCACGUGUCUCGGUUGACACAGCCGGAAACACGGAUCUUGUGGACCCCACAAAACCGAGCCCAACUCACAAGACGAAAAAUACUCUCUCUGCCCCUCUUGUUGCAGUCAUUGGUGUUAGUACCACUUUUGCUAUUUCCAUAGGAGCCUUCGUUGGUCUAUGGAUUUACAAGAAGGAUGCGCAGAUCCAAUCCGUGGAACAAUUUUCUCAGCCUCAGGUCACUACGGGAAAUAUUUCGACCCCAAAUGACGUUCACAGAUCCAACAUUGAUGGGCUUGUUGCGUGGUUUUGUUUCCGUAAGACCCAAAACAUCCAAAGUGAGGUAAGGGCAACGAACCACGGGGAUAUUUUCUCCAUAUGGAAUUACGAUGGAAGAAUUGCAUAUGAAGACAUCAUCAAAGCAACAAAUGACUUCGACAUCAAAUAUUGCAUUGGAACGGGCGGAUAUGGCAGCGUCUACAGAGUUCAGUUACCAAGUGGCAAAGUAGUUGCCUUAAAGAAACUUCAUCGGUUGGAAGCACAAGACCCUGCUUUCGUCCAUUGUUUCAAGAAUGAGGUCCAAGUGUUGACUAAUGUACGACACAGAAACAUCGUGAAACUUUACGGAUUUUGUUUGCACAAUAGAUGCAUGUUCUUGGUGUACGAGUACAUGGAAAAAGGAAGCUUAUUUUGCACCUUGAGAUUUGAUGUCGAAGCUUCUGAAAUUGGAUGGACUCAAAGGGUAAAAAUUGUUGAAGCAAUGGCACAUGCUUUAUCCUACUUGCAUCACGAUUGCACCUCGCCAAUUGUUCAUCGGGACAUAUCGAGCAACAACAUUCUGUUGAACUCUCAACUAGAGGCUUUUGUUGCUGACUUUGGAACUGCCAGACUGUUGCAUCCCGAUUCAUCCAACCGAACCAUUAUUGCGGGCACUUACGGAUAUAUUGCACCAGAACUUGCCUAUACCAUGGUUGUGACUAAAAAGUGCGAUGUUUAUAGUUUUGGAGUCGUAGCACUAGAAACGAUCAUGGGAAGACAUCCAGGAGAUCUACUAUCGUCCUUAACGUCGCCUCCUAGCCAUAACAUGAUGAUAACCGAUAUCCUAGAUUCGCGCCUUCUGCCUCCAACUAAUCCAAUAGUUGCGGGGAACAUCGUUCUAGUUGCUACAAUGGCAUUUGCAUGUUUACAUCCCAAUCCCAAGUCCCGACCAUCGAUGCUACGCCUGUCUCAAGAGUUUCUUUCUCGUCGGAAGGCUCUGGCUACACCCCUUCGUACAGUAUCAUUGUGGAAUCUGUGGAAUCGGAAAAUGGAGUUUGUCAACCAAUCAAAUGAGCAAGUGAUCAGUGCCCAAGUUUGAAAAGCGUAUCACAUCCUUUUCUGGCACUUAGUUGUUUUGAUUAUUGUGAAUUUAUUUUAAGAGAAGCUAUAAGGACCGGACCAUUCCUGGUUUGAGUCGGUGAAUCAAACACGUACUGCCUUAUGGUUUAUGGU